GGCUCAGUCGGCAACUGCCUUCGGAAACCUGUCUGGCGCCAGUAGGGGGAAAGUUUCUUUGAAGUUAAGGGGGAUUCCCAGAAAGUGGUGGGGGGACGGUUUGUCCAGGGAGAGGCACAGCCCGAGGCUCAGGAGCCCUCCGAGGUGCGGUUUUGGGGGACGCAGUAAAGGAUUUGCGCUUUACUUGCCCCAGUCUUUAACGCGCUCUCUUUUUUUUAUCUUCUUCAUUUUCUGUUCGUUUGGGUUUUUGUUUCCUCUCUCCCUGCAGCACCCGUGACUGAAGUUGUGACCUAAAGGGACUUCUUUCUUUCUGUGCAAGUGUUGUGAAAAUCUUUAAAAGGUUGGGCUUUGCCUAGAUUCUUGACAGAAGAUGGUCCCAAGAUGCUUCAGCUAGUUUUGCAGGCAUUGGCAAAAACUCAGGAGCGUGUAGAGUGUGUUACAGAGGUGAAGCAGAUUUCCUCUUCCAAAAUGACUUUACGAGCUCUGGUUUUGUGUUUGGCAUAUUCUGGGCUUGGAAAGGCAAAUGUGGUUCCGCAGGCUGAACACACAAAAGUAAGGAUGGGUGACAGUGUGACUCUGAGCUGUGCCCUGACAAAACCCAUGGAUGUUCUGCAAGUGACAUGGCAAAAGGACUCAGAAGAACUACACGAUAAUAUAGCUACAUACAGCGAAACAAAUGGAUUAAGGAUUCAGAAGCCCUAUGAAGACAGAAUGAAUUUCACAAGUUUGGAACUCAACAAGACAAGCAUAACUUUUUGGGACACUAGGAUGGAUGAUUCAGGAUGUUACAAAUGUCUCUUCAACGUCUUCCCUUCUGGUCCUCUCUCAGGAAAUACCUGCCUGAGUGUUUUUGGUCUCAAUGCAUCUGUCCAUCACAACAUUUCUGAAGAUCAUCUGAUAGUCAUCUGUUAUGCUAAUGGCCUCCCAGAGCCCACCAUCACCUGGAACAACCUGUUCAAUUCUACUCCUACACAGAAGAAGGUCAAGCACAAAAAUGGGAUUGUGUCCGUCACCAGUAAACUGGAAAUCUACAAUAUUCAGAGCACCGGUGCACAGGAUUUGAUCUGCAGAGUAAGCAACACAAAUGAAACAUUUGAAAUGCCUGUGAAAAUAAAAGGAGAAGAGGGAUCAUCAUUGCUUUGGCUGGUGAUUAUUGUGGUGCUUUUAGUAGUCAUCACAGCUCUGAUUCUGAUUAUGCUGUUCUGGAGGAAGAUCCUAUGCAGGAGGAGUUGAAGUGAUCCUUGAGGAUUUCCAUCCAUCUACCAGAUCAUUAGAAGCUAGCAGCCUGAAGUCAACAUUACACAUAGUGACUUGACUGGCUGGAAAGAAGCAGCAAAAAAAAGGAGAAGACAUCAUGUACUCUGCACUAUCUGAAAGCUAAGAUGGUCACUGAAACAACUAACACAAUGUUUGCUAUCUGGUCUAGACCCUUUAUCUUAAAAUGUAGGACUGGAGGGACUACUUGAUUGGCUGCUCUGCAGAGAGCAGAUUUUGUCAGGCAAAGCCUUCUUUGUCCAUGCCACUCUUGGUACUGCUGCUGGGCAAAAUGUAUAUGUCUUCUUCCAGCUGAGUUUUGAAAAUGUCCGUGGAUAGAAACUCUGCAGACUCUCUAGGAUUCUCUUCCAGUACCUUGCUCUUGCAGUAGAGAUGGAUUUAAUUUUUGCCAACAUCUGUCUUCAAUUUCACUUGCAGCAACUCUCGAGUUCAUCACCCUCUUCCUAUCAUCUGGGUUUUUUUUCUCUUAUCCAGUCGUUCCAGCUCCUUUUUCUCUGUUUGGAAAGACCUUCUGGAUUCAAAAUCACAGGACUCAAACCACACAGUAUUUGGCAGAAUUAUUGGGGAAGAGCAAUAGGUCUCCAAGCAGGUGACUAAAUAAAGGCAGUUGCAGCUGCAGUUUGGAAAGAAGAAUUGUAAGUAAUUUGUACAAUAUAUAAGUAAUUUACUUUGUUUGACUUUUUUUUCUAA